AUGGCCUGUGGUCUGCUCGCCAGCAACCGGAAUCUCAAACCUGGCGAGUCUUUCGGAGUUCAGGGUGAGGUGGCCCCCGAUGCCAAGCGCUUUGAGCUGAACCCAGGGCAAAACAGCAACAACCUGUGCCUGCACUUCAACCCUCGCUUCAACGCCCAUGGGGACGCCAGCACCGUUGUGUGCAAUAGCAAGGGUGGUGGAGCCUGGGGGACCGAACACAGGGAGCCUGCCUUCCCCUUCCAUCCGGGGAGCGUCGUGGAGGUGUGCAUCACCUUUGAACAGGCUGACCUGACCAUCAAGCUGCCGGCUGGGCACAAGUUCACGUUCCCCAACCACAUCAACAUGGAGGCCAUCGACUACGUGGCAGCUGAUGGUGAUUUCAAGGUAAAGCCAGCCAGCCUACAGCCCUCAAUAAAGACAGCUGCCUUUGACUGUGAUGAUGGCAGCGAUUGA